AUGAAUAUCGUGAAACUUCAAAAGAAAUUCCCUAUCCUUCCUCAACCGGAGUUGUUUGAGAUCAUCGAAAAAUUCAGAAACAUUGAUAUCGAUGACAAGGGCUGGGUUGAAAAGCAAAAGGUCAUUGAAGAAGUCUCUAAGGCUGGCACAGACUCUUAUGAUAAUGUCCGUCAAACUCUUAAGCAAGUUGACGUCGAUGCCUCGGAUCACGUCGAAUUAGAUGAUUUUGUCGAAUUACACGCCAAAUUGAAGGAAUCAAAGGCCGCUCCUGCCCCAUCUUUGAUGGGUACCAAUGCCGCCUCCGCUGCUCCUAAAGUAGGCGGGUUGGUUCAUAAGGGAAAGGGCGCUAAUGCUAAAAUUAUUGUUUCUAGCCGCUCGGGUAUUAGUCACACAAUCAACGAAGAAGAAAGAACUGAAUUCACCAAGCAUAUCAAUAGUGUUUUAGCUGGUGAUGCUGACAUUGGUAACAGAUUACCUUUUCCUACCGACACUUUCCAAAUUUUUGAUGAAUGUCGUGAUGGUUUGGUGUUGUCUAAGUUAAUUAAUGACUCUGUCCCAGACACUAUUGAUACCAGAGUUUUGAAUUGGCCAAAAGCAAACAAGCAGUUGAAUAAAUUCACGAUGACCGAAAAUGCCAAUAUUGUUAUCAAUUCUGCUAAAGCCAUCGGUUGUGUAGUUGUUAAUGUCCAUUCCGAAGAUAUUAUUGAUGGUACCGAACAUUUGAUUUUGGGCUUGAUUUGGCAAAUUAUCAGAAGAGGUCUUUUGAGUAAGAUUGAUAUCAAAUAUCAUCCAGAACUUUACAGAUUGUUGGAAGAUGGUGAAGAAUUGGAACAGUUUUUGAGAUUAUCUCCAGAAAAAAUCUUGUUGAGAUGGUUCAACUAUCACUUGAAACAAGCCGGUUGGAAUAGAACAGUCAAAAAUUUCAGUAAAGAUGUUGCAGAUGGUGAAAACUAUACCGUUUUGUUGAACCAAUUGGAUUCAAGCUUAUGCUCAUUAGCCCCUCUACAAACCCCUGAUUUGUUGACCAGGGCUGAACAAGUUUUGGAAAAUGCUGAAAAGUUGAAUGCUAGAAAAUACUUGACUGCUACUGCCUUGGUUGCUGGUAAUCCUAAAUUGAAUUUGGCAUUUGUGGCUCAUUUAUUCAACACUCAUCCAGGUUUAGACCCAGUGGAAGAUGCCGAAAAACCAGAAAUCGAAGAAUUUGACGCUGAAGGUGAGCGUGAAGCUAGAGUUUUCACCUUGUGGUUGAACUCCUUGGAUGUCAGUACCCCUGUGUCUAACUUAUUCGAAGAUUUGAAAGAUGGUACUAUUUUGUUGGAAGCAUUCCAAAAAGUUUUACCAGGCUCUGUUAAUGAAAAAUACAUUAACAAGAAACCAACUAAUGGCAGAGAUUUGAUGAGAUUUAAGGCUUUAGAAAAUACUAACUAUGCUGUUGAGGUUGGUAAGGCCAAUCAUUUCUCACUUGUUGGUAUUGAGGGCUCUGAUAUUCUUGAUUCUAAUAAGUUAUUGACUUUGGCUCUUGUUUGGCAAUUAAUGAGAAGAAACGUUAUUCAAACUUUAAGCCAGUUGGCCAAGAAUGGGAAGGUGUUGACCGAUGCCGAUAUUUUAUCAUGGGCAAACGAGACUGUUAAAAAGGGAGGAAAGAAAACUUUUGUCAGAUCCCUCAGUGAUUCUUCUUUGGCUAAUGGUGUAUGGUUAUUAGAUAUCUUGAAUGGCUUGAAGCCAGGUUACGUUGACUACGAUUUAGUUACUCCAGGUAGAACUGAAGAAGAGAGAUACGCUAAUGCUAGAUUGGCCAUCUCUAUUGCUAGAAAGUUGGGUGCUUUGAUCUGGUUGGUUCCAGAAGAUAUCAACGAAGUCCGUUCUAGACUUAUUUUAACCUUUGUUGGCUCAUUGAUGUCGCUUAACAUUUAA